AUGGUCGGGCAGACCCAGCCUCAGCAAGGCAGUUUGGCCUACUCGGCGUCGACAUCGGACAGAGCUCCCGUCAAUCAGGGCCUUCCCUCUGAUUCCUCGCUUGUAAUCGAAACUGACUCCAACGGCUUUCUCACUGCCGAUUCAUUUGCCGCCUUUGUCCCGCCUUUAUUCGACGCCGAUAGCUUCACUAAACUCGGCGACCCGGGUCUGUAUGCCGCUCUGGAACGCCUCAGUAGCGAAGAACUCGCGUCCUUGACCUUUACAUCUCACAGCGGCGACCCGGUAGAGCAGACCGGGGCUCCUGCGCCCAAUCCACCCCUUCCUGCCCAUCCGUCGCCGCAGUCUCAGCUCGCAGAUACCCAAUCCUCAUCUACGUCUGCCGCUAUCCCGUCUCCAUCUGCCGGUAUUCCCUCUUCCACCUCGACCGUCACCAGCAAUACUCUCCCGAAACCGGACGAACUUGAAUUGGAGUCUGUGGCCGUUCCAACCCUGCCGGAGGAAUUCAUCGUUCCCAUAGAAUUCAUGUAUAAGCUGCCCCAUGAACUUUCUCUGGAUGACCAGACACAACUACUAUCUUUCAUGCUCAUAGAGCAUCAUCUGCGCGACAUUCUGCCCUAUAUCUGCAAGUCGCAGGUCUGGUGCCGUAUCGAAGACACCCUUGUCGAAUCCAUUCGCCCAGCGAUCCGCGGUACUCCCCUGGCGAACGAUAAUAAAUGCAAUGGACUAUACAUUGGAGAUUUGAGCGCGGUCAACUUGGUCAUCGAGUAUUACAAAUGCAAGGAUAAAUGCUGCACGCUACCGACACAGAGCGAAGAAUCAGCAGAAACGCGCCAUAAGACGUUCGCCGACAUACAUCUCAUGCGUGUUCGGCCGUAUUGCUUGAUGAGUCUGAAGGAAGUUGGUGAACGCAGGCACACUGCAGACAAGUCGGUUAAUGGGACUUACUACGGAAUGUCAGAGCCACGUGCCAAGAAGCUUAGCGGAUACCUGAGGAACAAGGCUAUUGGAAAGGAGCUUGAGGAAGUCAGGAUCUGGAAGGCUUCCCAAGUCGGCGUCACAAAUGAAGAUGUCGCCGCACUCAUGGCUCGCUGGGACGUUCUUCCAGACAAGAUCGCGGAGGAACUCGGGCCUAACUACUUCGUGUUCCCCGAGCGCUUUGUCCAGAUGCGCGACGUGCUCUGUGCUCUCAGCGAUCGCUGCUUCCCUCAACCCAAGAAGAGAGGCAGGGUCGUCAGCUCGGCUCCACCACCGCCGACUUUCGUGCCUUCGCCGCCAGCCGAAAUCGUUCACGCCGUGAAGGCUGCGCUUGACAUGUGGCCGUCGUUUCGUCAGGCCUUUGAGGAGCAAAUAUAUCAAUCCCAAGGACGUUGA